CCUCAUUUCGGGAAGAGGGUACGACUACGCCGAAGCUUUUCUUUGAUGAGAGCUUCCCUCAAUAUAUUAAGGAGACGCCAUAUCCAAGUUAUUCCUUGGUGGUUUCCAGCCUCAUUUCGGGAAGAGGGUACGACUACGCCGAAGCUUUUCUUUGA